AUGCCUGCACAACAAAUAUUCUCCGCCAAAGCCCUUGUUGGCGUUUGGAAGAACCUCCGAAAUACGCGCGACAAGAACGACUUCUACCUUACUCUCCAAUACCACCAAGACGAGGCGCGCGGAGGGAAGAAACGUGGGAAGACAAGCAUUGUCGAGACCUCUUCCGAGCUCGAAGAUGGGAAGGCCGUGGAUGCUGGCGGGAAAAGCAUUAGCUUCGUCGUGCCAUGGCGGAGCAUGCAGGCGCAGAGACGAGAGCUGAGGAUCAAGGAAAAAGAGCUUGCUGAAGCUUUGGUCAUGCUUGCCGGCGAGGUCUCGUUUACAGAACUUUCCCCAACGCUACAAGCAUCCCUUACACAGAACCCUCUCGUCCAGAUCCGCCACCUGGCUGCCGGCAUCAGCCGUCAAAUGUCGAAAGUCGAAAUGCAGAUGGCAGACAACGCACCAUUCUCAUAUGGAAAGAAUCUCUACACUGGCGGGGAGGUAGCGCGCAAAUUUCUCCCAGCCAUACAAUCACUCUUCGACCAGCGUCCGGUGCCCCAACGUAUGAUCUUCGAGUUGCUAAUGGAGCUCAAAGACCUCGUCUACAUGGCCAUGGCAGACUGCACCAAGGAGGUACUUGAGUGGGAAAUUGAUGGUCCAGCUAUUGGUGCGCUCGAAGAAAUGGACGACGCCUUUGCUAAAGCCAUUACACCGGUUGCUGCAGCUGUCGAAGACGGACAUUUCCAACCUAAAGAGCUAGAGCCAGGGCAGAAGAGGGUGCUGCGACGAAAAGCAUCCUCGCUGUCAACUAUUACACUGUCAAAGCCGCAGCAACCAUUCCUCGCUGCCUCAACUACUGAGUUCCUCUACACCCUCGAGUCGCUAGAGACCACAGCCAUGGCCCUGACUCAUCUGCCAAUUCCAAUCCCUGACUUCUGCGCGCACUCGAUCAUCACUCUGCGGCGGUUAUCACCACGACAAACACUCACUGAGUUCUCCGCAAGCAAGAAGCGAAGAACAGUGCGUUGUGCCGAGUAUGCUCGAUGCAUGAAGUGGGCGAGCACCAGCUGGCGACAGGGUGGAGGUUGCAGACGUGGGUGCAAGAAUGAAGAUGAGGAUCCAGAGAAUCUUCCAAGCUGGCAUCGAAGCAGUCGCUGGUUCAAUGGAGACGGAGAUGGGACACACAUGGUUGGUGGUGGUAGACCAGAGGAGCUCGAAGCCAUCAAGGACAUCUGA